AGGGUGGGCGGAGGGAGGCUGUGGGGAGAUCGCAGCACCCAGCGCCAAGCGCAGCGCAGCACCGCGACAGACGGCAGGAGCUCCCACCGACGGGCGCAGCUGGAGCGAGCGGAGCAGGGAGGCGUGCACUACACCGAGAACCGAGCCGGGCGGCAUCCCCCGGCCGCCGCACGCACAGGCCGGCUCCCUCCUCGCGUCCCUGCUCCCCACUGCGCCGCUCCGGCCAGCAUGAGGCUCCUGGCGGCCGCGCUGCUCCUGCUGCUCCUGGCGCUGUGCGCCUCGCGCGUGGACGGGUCCAAGUGUAAGUGUUCCCGGAAGGGGCCCAAGAUCCGCUACAGCGACGUGAAGAAGCUGGAAAUGAAGCCAAAGCACCCACACUGCGAGGAGAAGAUGGUCAUCAUCACCACCAAGAGUAUGUCCAGGUACCGGGGCCAGGAGCACUGUCUGCAUCCCAAGCUGCAGAGUACCAAACGUUUCAUCAAAUGGUACAACGCCUGGAACGAGAAACGCAGGGUCUACGAAGAGUAGAGUGACCGAUCUCGGGAAGAAAAACUCCAGGCCAGUUGAAAGACUUCAGCAGAGGACUUUGCAGAUUCAAAUAAAAGCCCUUUCUUUCUCACAAGCAUAAGACAAAUUAUAUACUGCUACGAAGCUCCUCUUACCAGGGUCACUUUUUACAUUUUAUAGCUCUGUGAAAGGCUUCCAGAUGUGAGACCCAGCUCUCCUGCGCUCCAGACUUCAUUUCCAGUGGCUUUUUGCCGAAAGGGGGUGGGGGGCAACUCAAGCCUUUCCUUUUUAAAAUAAGGGGUUUUGUAUUUGUCCAUAUGUCACCACACAUCUGAGCUUUAUAAGCGCCUGCAAGGAGCAAUGAGCUUGGUUGAGGCAUUUCAUUGCACCAUUGCUCCGGUUCAGGCUUGCGAAGCUUCCGCUCAGAGGGCCCGGCACCUCGGCACAGCUGCCACGGGCUCUCCUGGGCUUAUAACUGGUCAGGGUUUCAGUGAUCCUGUUGUAGGGCAAUUGGGAGCAGGUCCUUGGACAUCUGUGCCUGGAGAAACUCAGUCUAGUUACCAUAAUACGCUUCAUCCCACCCGCACCCCAGAUCACGGUCCUGCAAGCAAUCCCUAAAGGAGCUGGGUCUUUCUUCCAACCUGAAGAAAGUUUCUGCGGCUUCGGUAGACCAUGCUUCUGAGGCGUGGCGAGUUCCUGGCACUGUGAGUAAACAACCCAAAGAGGAAACGGAAAGAUUCACAGCACACAGCCCGAGCUACACAAACCAUUGGCAAGGGGAAACUUUGUUUCUUUCCCUCAAGCCCAACAGAAAGCACACUCCCCUCCAGUGCAGGCGCAAAGGGCGCAGUCCUCUCCGGGAGUUAGGAGUUAGGAUGUUUUGAGCCCUCCCCGGUGUACAUACCGCCUUCUGUGCGCCCUGCAGCGCACACCACCCUCCAGUAGAGGCCGCACUCACACUCUGCGGCUGUUCCUUUGCUAUGUAAAUGCUGAGAGCCAUGAGCUGCAUGCAGGGUUCAUGUCCUUUCUAAGAUGAAAAAGAAAGUAAUAAAAUAUAUUUGAAGUUACCAAA